AUGUGUUGUUAUUAUUUCAUUUUUAGUGUGGACCACAUUGAUGAUACUAUGACACCAAGAUCGACGUUUGAGAAAAAUGAAAAGGGAGAGGUGAUCAAGAUCAGUUAUAUUGACUACUAUAAGAAAAACUACGGGAUCGAAAUCAUGGAUUGGGAUCAACCUAUGUUGAUAUCCAAGGAAUCGAAGCUUAUGUCCGGACAGCCUGCGCCGGUGGACUUCAUGAUAUGCCUGGUGCCUGAGCUGUGCCAGCUGACUGGGCUGACCGACGACCAGCGAGCUAACUUCCGGCUCAUGAAGGACGUCGCUACUUAUACCCGCAUCACGCCUAACCAGCGCCACGCGGCUUUCAAGAAGUACAUUCAAAACGUGAUGGAAAACGAGACGGCCAAAAACCGCCUGGCCGGUUGGGGUCUCAGUAUAGCGCCAGAGACAAUAAACAUAACUGCGCGAACGCUGCCGCCCGAGCCUAUACACUUCGGGAAUAACGUCAAGAUCCCGGGCAAACCCGAGGCGGAGUGGAACAAUGAAGUCACCAGGAAUGCGGUGAUGCAAGCUGUCGAUAUACUUAGAUGGGUGGUGUUGCACACACCUCGGGAUAAGGAUGUUACUACGAAUUUCCUCGACACCCUCAAGAGAUCAUGCCGUCCUAUGGGCAUCGUCGUCGGGAACCCUGAAGUGAUAUGUCUGCCCAGCGACCGCUCUGAUUGCUAUACGGCAGCCCUGAGGAAAUGCUUCUCGACGGCGCUACAACUGGUGGUGGUGAUUUGUCCGACGGCCAGGGACGACCGAUACGCGACUAUAAAAAAGUUGUGCUGCGCUGAGAAGCCAGUGGCUUCACAGGUUAUCAACGCGCGCACGAUAAUGAACCAACAGAAGAUUCGCGCGAUCACUCAAAAGAUACUGCUUCAAAUGAACUGCAAGCUGGGAGGCACAUUGUGGAACAUCACCAUUCCCUUCAAGUCGGCCAUGAUAAUCGGUAUCGACUCAUACCACGAUGCCAGCAGGAAGAAGAAAAGCGUGUGCGCCUUCGUAGCGUCGUACAACCAACCGAUGACGCAUUGGUACUCAAAGGCGGUGUUCCAAGACCGCGGGCAAGAGAUCGUGGACCACCUCAAGAUCUGCCUCGUCGAUUCCCUCAAGUACUACCUGCGAACCAACGGAUGCCUGCCUGACAGGAUCAUCAUAUACAGAGACGGCGUAGGCGACGGGCAAUUCAAAGUGAUCAAAGAUUUCGAGAUCCCUCAAAUGCAAGUGUGUUUCUCGCUCAUGGGUGAGACGUACAAGCCCACUCUGACGUAUGUGGUGGUGCAAAAGCGCAUCAACACGAGGAUAUUCAUGAAGAACCACAAAGGGUACGACAAUCCGUACCCAGGCACGGUUGUCGAUCAUGCCAUCACUCGCCGCGACUGGUACGACUUCCUGAUCGUGUCGCAGAAAGUGAACCAAGGUACGGUAACGCCGACACACUACGUCGUCAUUCACGACGACAGCGGAAUGACGCCCGACCAGUGCCAACGGUUGACGUACAAAAUGUGCCAUUUGUACUACAACUGGCCGGGCACAGUCAGAGUGCCAGCCCCGUGCCAAUACGCCCACAAACUGGCGUCAUUGGUCGGCCAAAACAUUCACCAGGAGCCGUCAGAGGCACUGGCCGACAGACUAUACUUCUUAUGAAGAGUCUAUAGCGUGUAUUUAAGGUUGAUUAGAUUAAAAGCGCCACUGCCUUUGAUAUGCCAGUUUGUCCACGAAAUAAGUUGAUUGUGAGUUAAAUCAUGCCUUUUGAAGGAAUUAUUGCUUGAAUAACUACUAGUUUGGUAAAGUUAAAUUUAAUUCUUUCUUAGUUUAUUAGCCUUAUUUGUCCUGUAGCCACAAUACAUAAUAAGUAUGAUGACACCAGUUAAAAUUAACUCCAAGACAAGCAUUUUAGAAGAACUCAUUCAUUUUAGUGUGAUUAAAUUUUAAUUCAGUUUUCAAAAUUAGUUUUUAAAAGAUAUUGAAUCGAUCAAUUCGCUAUGAGUGACGUGAUAUAACUGUAUUUGUAUACUAUUUUUAUGGUGUAGCAUAGAUUAUAAAGAAUAUGAAUGUUAAUUUUAGGUGUCAUAAUUUCUUUUAGGCUACCGGGAGAUUAUUAUGUUAAUAUUGCCUUUUUAUGCUUGAAAAAUUGAAUUUUGUGGGCACACUGGCAUCUGUGCCAUAAUAGUGUCUUAUAAUAAAAAAAGACAUCAGAUUCGAUUAAAUAUAGAGAACAUAAAGUUUAUAGAGGUGAACCAGUCGGUUGUUAUUUUUGUACUUAUAUUGACUAUGUCAAAUAAUUUACUCUUUUAGUUUUAAGUACCCUAUGUACCUUGUGACAAAUGGAUAAUUAAUUAAUUAGAAUAUGUGACUACAUUUUCGUUAAGUUCGUAUGGUUAGCGUCAGUAAGAUUUAGAUUUGUGAAAAAUCUCAUUUGAGAUUGAAGUUAAAACAGCUAUUUGCUGUUAAUGUCAUGAGCCAUAUCUUGUUCGAAAAUACGUGUAUUUUUACACUUGUAAUUGUUCAGUGUGAGAUAGAAUUAUACUAUCCAAAGAUUUAUAAAAUAGAGCAGACAUUGUUUUUCAAAGGAUAUGAUGGGAUUGAUCACAUCGAAAUAAACUUAUAUGGCAUCUAUGUUGUUUAUUAAGCGCGAUUUUGCUACAAAAUUUGUUCAUAAAAGAAUCGUAAACAUUUUAUUUCCAUUCCAAGCGCUUGUAACUUUAUUGGACAUUAAAAAUAAAAAUUCUAAAUUGAAAAUUGAUAUUUUGAUACCAUUCCAAAAAAAAAGUAGGCUUUUAAGCCGGGUAAUUAUAUUAUAAUGCUCUAAUUACUAUAAAAGGAACGUAAUGUGUAGUAAAAAAAUAUACAUAGUUAGAAAAAGUACCUAGUCUGUAUUUUUACAAUUUAACGUUUUUUCAUGGCGUAGUUUAUUACGAUGUUAAUAAUUACGUAACAUAACAUUAACGGCGACAGGGUAAAAUGUAGUUCUUCGCCUAUUUUAUUCUGUAAGGUUUUUUUACAUAUAAAAGUUUAUUGACUCGUCAUACGUCAAACCUUUGCUCAGUUCAAAAUUGCUUGCCAACUAAUCAAAUAUGGCGUAUUUUCCCAAACUACAGCUAGUAACGUGUAUCUUGCGCUUGCCAAAUUGAGAUUUCCAUCCAAGAUCUCUUCUAUCCCAUCGGUCAUUUGUUUCAUGGCUCACUCUUAGAGAAAUUCCUGGUAAAAUCCGUUCUAUUAACUCCCCGAGUUAUUAGUUGGUUCAUCAUCAUCAUCAUCAUCAUCAUCAUCAUCAUCAUCAUUUCAGCCACAGGACGUCCACUGCUGAACAUAGGCCUCCCCCAAUGACUUCCACAUCGCACGGUUGAUUACGGAUAGAGAAUACAAUCCCGAGCAUGUUUUUCAAUCCCGGGAUUACGGGAUUUUUGAUGGGUAAUCCCGGGAUCCCGGGACUAUCCCGGGAUCAGCCUUAUGUGGAAGCUGUUGUACGAAUAACGUUAGCUGAUACAAUUUUGAUGUUAUGUUUGGAUGAAAAAUGACGUGUAUGUAAUCCCUUAGUUGAUCCACCCAUAGUCUUGAGAAUAGCUGGGUAUCGCUUACAUUUAGCACUAUUCCCGUCUUUCGCAACUAAAAAAUUACUCCACACUGAUGACGUAUCACUGUCUUUUUUA